UUCCCACUGUGACCCCAUUGCUGCCCACCCUGGCCUCUCCCAUGGCCGCCUUCACUCCGUUUUUCUCUCUUAGUUGUGGUCUCUUUGGAGAUGAAACUUCUGUCUGCUCUAACUUCCAUGUCCUGAUCUGGGCGUCUGCUUUCCCUUCACCUCCAUGUCUCCUCUCUCCACCUCUUUGAUUUUUUCAAAUUCUCUCCCCCUCUCAGUCUCUCUCCCCGCCUGGCUGGACCCCUCGGGGUCUCUCUGAUUGCUCCCCCUGCCCCAUCAGUUUUCACUAGGCCCCGCACUGAGGAUCGGUGGCUCAGGGGCUGGGUCUGGAGGUCUCCGUUCCGAGGCCUCUGACUCGGGCAGCCGCAGCCUGUGUCUCUGGCCUCUUGCCCCUGAGUGGGGCUGGUGGAACCCGAAAGGGCAAGGCUGCCCCCAGCUGCGCUGGUGGACGGAAGAGAGCAACUGAGGCAGAGACAAGCAUGGAGAGGUCCAGAGAGAGGCAGAACCAGAGACAGAGAGACAGAGAGAGGCCCAAAGGGAGGUCGGGAGGCAGGGAGACAGGGAGGCAGAGAAACUGAGUCAUAGGCAGAGACACAGAGAGCACAGAGAUGGAGAUAGAGGGAUGGUUACAGGGAGAGAGCAUGAAAUAGAAAAACAGGGGGACACAAAGAUGGAGACAGAGACAGAGAUGCUAAGAGAGGCACAGAGACACAAAGAGGCUGAGAGACACAGAGCCAGAGAGAGAGAAAUGGCAACAGACACAUGGAUGGAGAGAGUCAGAGAUACUGAGAGACAGAACCGGAAGAGACAGAGGUCAAGAAACAGGGGAGAGGACAGGAGAGACAGGCAAAGGCAGAGACAGAGGCUUCCAGAGCAGGAGAGACUGAGGGAGGAGGGAGGUAAGGCCCGAGAACCCGAGAGGGAGGAGGAGAGGAGCAGAGAGACCCCUGCCAGGCCACAGGGGUGGCAGGUAGCAGGGGGGGCCCCCGGCGGUAGCGUUUGCUCCCAGCGGGCACGUGCAUGGUGUCUGGGUGUGCGCGGCUGUGUCUCCACACUCUCCCCGCUCUCCCCCCGCGUCUCACCCAGAGUGGGAACCACACGUGUGCCAUGGAGCGGGCGGAGCACCCGCACGCGUGGUGUUUUCGUCGCCGGGCGUGUCUGCGUGGGUUGUGUUGGUGCGUUGCCAGGCAUGUCUGUGCGUGAGUGUCUCGUUUCCCCGUGGCUGGCGGGUCCACGUUCCUGCAUGACAGAUGACACGCGAGGGAGAAGGGUUGUGUCUGCGAGUUCCCUCUCCAGUGGGACCCGCGGGGCCGCCGGCUGGGUCUCGGAGGUCAAUGUGUGCAGGUGUUUUGUGUCACCAGGCCGGUGUCUCCCCAGGGUUUGGAUCUGUUUCCCGACGUCCGGGACACCGUACGUGCUGCUGCAUGCAGUGACAGUCCACGUUGCGGGUCACCCUGGGAGUCGCGGUGCAUCACCCUGCACUGCAUUUGCUGUUCCGUAUGUCACUGUGUGUUGUGUCUCUGUAUGUGCAUUGUGCAUGUCAAGGUGAGCUAUCAUUCAGAGAUGUGACCCUGUGUGUCACACCCAGGGGUGUGUCCAUUUGGGCGGGCUCUCCUUUCCCUGCCGAGAACACAGCCUGGGUGCCCACACUCGAGAGCAUGCUGUGUUUGUGUGGCUGUGUAUUACACCGCACCGGAGGGUGUCCCCUGGGGGUUGGGUGUGGUGUUGUUGCAGGCCCAGGUGUUGGCUGUGUCAGUGGGUCACACCUGACGUUUUAUGUGAUCCGUGGUGUUCAGAAAAGGUUGUGUUGGGAAAAACUGUGGCAGCGUGUUUUCUGUCACUCUGUGUUUGUGCGUUGGAGUAGAUGGUGUGCCGGGCCGUGGGUGGGCGUGGUUCGGAUGUGGUUUGUCAGUCAGAGGAGAUGAUGCAUUUGGGCAUCAGGGUCCAUGUAGCCUGAGCCCCCUCCCCAACCCCUGGGGUACCAUUCUGGGUCGUGUCCCUGGGAUGCACCAAAAUAGAUCAGAAUGUCUUACUUUGUGCUGUUUGGGUUUCUGUAUGUGUCGCUGUGCAUUGUGGGUCUCUGCACGUGUCCGUUCACACUGUUCUGACCAUAUGUUGGAGGGCUCUGGAUGUGGGGCGUGUUGCAUGUCGUGGUGAGUCUGUAUGUACCGCCAAUCGUAUAUAUUUGACUUGCCAUGUGCCACAAUGUGUCUCCGCGUGCAUUUCUCUAUGUGCUGGGUGCUCGAGGGCUGCCAUGGCGUGUCCCCAAACGUUGUGUGUCUGCACAUGUCAGCUACCAUUCCACGGGUGUAUCACGUUGGGACGCUGUUAGCGCCUGGUCCAUACAGGUAUGCUGAGUGCAGCAUGUGGGUGUCACUAAGUAGAAUGUUGUGUGUCCGCGGAACCACUGGUAUGUGUUGUGCUAAUGCAGCAAUAGAGUCUGGGGGUGGCUGUUUGUGCAAGAAGAUGUUGUAACAGUUACAAACGCAGUCUCUGUGCCUGUGUGUGGACAGUUUGGGUGGUCAUGGGCGCCCCGGGGCACUGCCUGCCGUGCUGAGUGCCGGCAUGUGUCACACCAUCCGUGUGGUGUCUGGGUGUGGCUGUGGGUUGCAGAGCUCAUCGGGAGUUGUGAGUCACUCACUGUAGGUUGUGUUGUGUGCCCCGCGUGUGUUCGGUUCCGUCUCUGGCCGUGCUGUGUGUGAGGGUUUAUCCCCCCCCCCCCCCCCCCCCCCCCCGUGUCUUGCGGUGUCUGGGUGUGGCUGAGUUUAGGUGUGUGUUACAAAGCGCAGACCGUUGUGUGUGACGCAAUCUAUUGUGUGCCAGUGUGUGUCUUUAUCCACGUGGAUGCACGCCUCUUCCUUGCUCUGCCCCAGGACACACCCCAGUCCCUCCUUAGGCUGAGAAGGGAGGUUGGGGAGCCUCCCCUCUGCCCAAGGGCCACGCCAGCCCCUCCCUGCCCUGCCCAGCCGUCACCACCCCCCGAGGGCACAGACUCCUCUGUGCCUCAAAGCAAGAGCCCCAGAGUGAGGAGCAGAGCAGGCCAAGGACCUGCAAGCCACAGUGGCUGCCCUUUGUGUGCUGCGAGGUGGGGGACCCUGGGCAGGAAGCUGGCUGAGCCCCAAGACGGCAGGGGCCAUGGGCGGGGAGCUGGUGCCAGGCCUGGGGGCCCUGCAGAGGCGCAAGCAGCUGCUGGAGCAGGAGAAGUGGCUGGCUGGCUGGGCCCUAGUGCUGGCGGGAACUGGCGUCGGACUCAUGGUACUACACGCGGAGAUGCUAUGGUUCGGAGGGUGCCCGUUGUUCAUGACCGACAACGGGCUCCGGGACUGGCGCGUGGCGCUGACCGGGCGGCAGGCGGCGCAGAUCGUGCUGGAGCUGGUUGUGUGCGGGCUGCACCCAACGCCGGUGCGGGGUCCGCCGUGCGCCCAGGGUUUGGGGUCCCGGCCCAAUGCGACGCAGUCCUGGCCGGGCUUCCUGGAUGAGGGCGAGGCACUGCUGUCGCUGGUCAUGCUGCUGCGCCUCUACCUGGUGCCCCGCGCCGUCCUCCUGCGCAGCGGCGUCUUGCUCAACGCGUCCUACCGCAGCAUCGGCGCCCUCAACCAGGUCCGCUUCCGCCACUGGUUCGUGGCCAAGCUGUACAUGAACACGCACCCCGGCCGCCUGCUGCUCUGCCUCACACUUGGCCUCUGGCUCACCACCGCCUGGGUGCUGUCGGUGGCCGAGAGGCAGGCCGUUAAUGCCACCGGACACCUUUCAGACACACUGUGGCUGAUCCCCAUCACAUUCCUGACCAUUGGCUAUGGAGACGUGGUGCCAGGCACCGUGUGGGGCAAGAUUGUUUGUCUCUACACUGGAGUCAUGGGGGUCUGCUGCACAGCCCUGCUGGUGGCUGUGGUGGCCCGGAAGCUGGAGUUUAAUAAGGCAGAGAAGCAUGUGCACAACUUCAUGAUGGACAUCCAGUACACCAAGGAGAUGAAGGAAUCAGCUGCCCGAGUGCUGCAAGAGGCCUGGAUGUUUUACAAACACACGCGCAGGAAGGACCGUGGGGCCGCCCGCAAGCACCAGCGCAGGCUGCUGGCUGCCAUCAACAGGUUCCGCCAGGUGCGGCUGAAACACAGAAAGCUCCGGGAACAAGUGAACUCCAUGGUGGACAUCUCCAAGAUGCACAUGAUCCUGUGUGACUUGCAGCUGGGUCUGAGCAGCUCACAUCAGGCCCUGGAGAAGCGGAUGGAUGCACUGGCAGGGAAGCUGGACACCCUGACUGAGCUGCUUAGCACUGCCCUGGGGUCGAGGCAGCUUCCAGAACCAAGCCAGGAGGCCACGUAGCUGGACCCAUGGAGGAAGAACCAAGCUACUUUCCCCAGGACUGAGGUGGAGGACAUUGUCCCUGCUACUCCUGACCCAGCCCUAUGAAUAAAGCACCUCAAGUGCAAGGACCAAAGGGGCCCCACCUUAGGGUGGGCUCACUCACUGAUGGCUGCUGGAGACGACACUGGCUCAAGGAGAAAGGCUGUGGCCACACACACACACACCCAAACCCCUGCCCCAAAUGGGAAAAUGGUCACUACUACCCCAUAUACCCUGGACAAAACAUCCUUACUAUGCUGCUAUGGAUGACCUCCAGCUUUCAGUUAGAAGUGGAGAUGCCUGGGGGCUGAGACUCCUGGGUCCCAGAGGAGGAGGGGGCUGAGACUCCAGGGUCCCAGAGUCCAGGAUCCUGGGGUGCCUUAGUUACCACUGGAUAGCGGAGCUAAAGGAACCAGGCCUGAGGCUGAGGUGGCAGGAGGGAGCGCCCCCUGGUGGGACAGCAAGGAGGACACAGUUUUCCAGAGCUGCAGAGAAUAUCUGGUGGGGAGAAGGUGGGGCGGGGGGGGGGGAGCACAGCUCACCAGUCUCUGCUCUUAACUUUGUAAUAAAUGUUCAACAAAGCCAGAAGAAGCUGCUGUUUCUUUCUAAACAUAUGUAUAUUCCCAAUAGGCAGGUCAUCAAGCGGAAGGCCCUUGUCCUGUCCACUUCCCAAUCUACAAAGCAGACACCUCCUCUAAGUCCCCUCCCAGCUCUGUAGGCCAAGACGUCCUCAAUAGCGCGCCCCCCGCCCAGAUCUGAGGCUAGGAGCAAGGGCUUCAAAUCCAGGAUUUGGUUCAGGGUCCAAACCUAGCUCUGCCAUCCACCAGCUGUGUGACUUUGGGCAAGUGGCUUCACCUCACCUCUAAGAUGGGUUCCCAUGGAACUGCUGUGAAGACGGAAACAGAAGAGUGGCACAGGGGAUCGGGUAUUUUGUAAGAACCAAACACACGAGAUAGUUGAUCAUUUUUAUUAUUGCCAUUGAUUUUCAGACAACGCGUAGCUGCUUUCUUCUGCUGCCCUUUCCCCCCUACUCAUCUCACCAGAACCUAGAUGACUACUCAACAAGAACCCCAAACCAUCCCACAUACUCAUUUCAGUAUCUGCUAAGACUUAGACAAGAAAAGGGAAAAGGCUGGGACUUCUGGAGGUCCAACUGUGUGCUCCCUUUCUGUAAAUCACCACAACCACUUCCUGCCCUGCUUCACCCCAUUGUAAAGAUGCAGAAACUGAGGUUUCAAGAGGCGCCAGGUCUAGAGGCCAGGAAUCUGGCUGCAGGCCCCUGAUUUCACACCCUGCCUGCCCUGCGGCUAAGCCCUCCUUCUGCCCUGUCUGAGGUGAGUCAGAGGCAGAGUGGCCUUGGACCUCCAACCGAGGUUUCACUUCCCACAGCAGCUUCAUUCUACUUUGAGAGGCUGAUUCAUCCUUGCUUCCUUCGAUUUGCAGGGAAGCCCGGGCUGCGAGUCAUCCUUUUCUGCUGAGCUAUCUUUGGAUUUCCCUCCAUAUCCACAGCUAGCCUCAUGCUUCAGCCCUGAGAGCUAAACUGGGGCUUGUACCACCCACUGCCACAGACUGCCCUUCCUCUGGACGCCAGCCCACCUGGGAGUAAAGGAGACAGGAAUUAGAUGGGAUGUCUGAUGACAUUUCCAACACCCUCCCCCUGCAGGAAGCCCUCCUGUGUUGCCAGAUCCCCUACCAAACUCAUUCCUCCUAGUCACACUCCACUGCCCCCAGCACACUCCUUCAGGCCUCAGCUUGGAUGUCCCCUUCUCUAGGAAGCCCUUUCUGAAGCUCUCGCAGCCCCAUGAAUCUGUCUCUAUCACAAUAUUUUUUUUUUAAGAUUUUAUUUAUUUGACAGAGAGAGAGAGCACAAGCAGGGGGAGUGACAGAGGGAGAGGGAGAAGCAGGCCCCUUACUGAGCAGGAAGCCCGACGCGGGGCUCAAUCCCAGGACCCUGAGAUAAGGGCCUGAGCCGAGGGCAGAUGUUUAACAGACUGAGCCACCCAGGCGCCCCUCUAUCACAAUAUUUUUUGAGCCCAGCGCCUUGCUAAGUCCUUUAUAGAUGAAUGACCUCACAAAAUCUCUAAAAAGGAGGCAAAGUGGGUAUUGUGGCCCUGUUUUACAUACGAGGUAACUGAGGCAGAGAGAUUUAAGAAACCUGCCCACAGUCACAGUAGAGAUGGGGGAGCUGGGAUAUGACCCAGGCAGCCUGGCUCCAGAGCCCCCCACUUAGCCAAAAGGCCCAUCCAGAAACUCAGAGAUGACUGCACCAUAUUUUCAUGUUUGUUCUCUACUGUGUCUUCAAUGUCAAGGGCUGGCAUAUGCAGGGCCUCAGUGAAGAUCACUGAAUGAAAACACCAGCUACCUGGGGUGGCCCAAACUCCUCACCUUCUAUCACAGUGGUUUCUGUGAGACAAGGUAGGAACUGGGUAGAAGGGGCUCUUCACUAAGAAACUAAGAGAACACAUGAGAGAUCUCCUGCUCUGAAGUAUCUUGCCCCUGCCUACCCGCACCCAUUCCCCCAGGUGGCACAUGGGUCUUGAGACCCCCCCCUUCCAGCAGUUUCUGCACUUCCCCUCACAAAAUCAGCACUUCCUGAAGGCCCUGCAC